AUGGCGCCGGAGCGCAGCGCGUCGGGGCUCCCGCGGGCUUUCCUGCAGAGCCUCCGGCCGCUCUACGACAUCCUGGACGAGCGGCGGCGGGGCUACGUGCACCUGCGGGAGAUCGAGUCGCGCUGGCUGCAACCGGGCGGGGAAACGGGGCCGCUGCCGCCGGGGGUCUUGGAAGGGCUGCGCCGGGCGGCGCCGGCCAGCGGCUACCUCACCUUCGAGCGCUUCGUGCUGGGGCUCCGGCUGUCGCUCCUGGGCGACGAGCGAGGAGGGGAGCCCGCCGGCGGGAACCUGGCCGGCCCAGCGCCCUGCCCCGCCGCCGACGCCCCCUCGCCGCUGAAACGGGGCAAUCGGCCGGGCGGCACCGCCGCCCCUCGGAGCCUGGAGCAGAGCAGCCACGGCGGGCAGGCGGAGCAGCAGCAGCUGCUGCCGGGCAAGCGAGCCGCAGGAGAGGCCGAUGGGACCCGGAAGCCGAAGGAGCCGCUGGAAAACGAGGGUUCCUGCAAGGAGCCCCGCCGGCAGCUGAGCAGCCGGCGGAGACACACCAUCACCCACGGAGUGGACUAUGAGAUGCUGAAGCAGAUGAAGGAACUGGAGAAGGAGAAGGACUUCCUGCUGGAGGGGCUGGAGCUGGUGGAGGAGGCCCGGGGAUGGUACCACCAGCAGCUCCAUCGCCUGCAGGGGCACCAGAAGCAGCUGGCACGGAGCAAAGGUCGCCAGGAAGAGGGAGGCCGGACGCAGCUCAGCCAUCUCUUCCCGCAAGUGCAGGAGCUGAACCAAUGCCUCUGGCAGCUGCUUUCCCUCUCUGCCAAGAGAGUCAACCCUAGGCCUAGCUCAAGUCACAAAGCGUUUCAUUAUUUGUGUGUGUGUCUGUGUAGCAUUUCUAACUCGCAGGCUUCAGACAGCGUCCUGGAAGCUGUGACCUCCACGCUGAAGAAAUACCCCUUUGACUUCCGGGGAGCCAGGAUCCUGAGCGGAGAGGACGAAGGCUUGUUCGGGUGGGUCACCGCUAACUACCUCCUGGAGAACUUCGUCAAGUACGGCUGGAUCGGGCGCUGGAUCCGCCCCAAGAAGAGCACAGUGGGGGCCAUGGACCUGGGCGGGGCCUCCACCCAGAUCACCUUCGAGACCACGGGGGCCAUCGAGAGCCCCUCCAACCAGGUGACGCUGAAGCUGUACGGGCAGCACUACAAGGUCUACACACACAGCUUCCUCUGCUACGGCAUGAAUGAGAUCCACAACCGGCUGACCUCCAAGAUUCUGAAGGCUAGAGCCUACGCCCUCCGACUGGACAACCCCUGCUGGCCACAGGGAUUCAAGCGCAGCUUCCCCAUGGAAAGCAUCUACGGGUCGCCCUGCACCCGCACCGAGAGGCCUCCCAACUACUUCCCCAUGGCCAUGGUGAACAUGAGCGGCUCUGGAGACCCUGCCCAGUGCUUGGCGCACGCAGAGAGCCUCUUCCGGUUCACAGACUGCCCUUAUUCCAGCUGCUCCUUUGACGGGGUCUUCCAGCCCCCCGUGCAGGGAAACUUUAUUGCCUUCUCUUCAUUUUUCUACACGGUGGAUUUCCUCCGGUCAGUGAUGAAGAGACAGGUAGCCACUCCAAAAGACCUCAAAGAAGGCGCGGAGGCCGUCUGUAACACCCCGUGGAGUGAGCUGCUCAGGAAGGAACCAAAUCUGGAGCACUAUUUGCAGAACUACUGCUCGAUGGCCACCUUCGUCUCGUUGCUGCUCACCCGGGGCUACUCCUUCAGCAACACCACUUUUCCCAGCAUAGCCUUCCAGCAGAAGGCCGGGGACACGACCAUCGGCUGGGCGCUGGGCUACAUGCUGAACCUCACCAACAUGAUCCCGGCGGAAGAGCCCAGCUUCCGGAAGAGCACCAGCUUCGGCCCCUGGGUUGGCCUCAUCCUCCUCUUCGUCGCCGUCCUCCUGGGCAGCUUGGUCAGCAUCUUCUGCCUGAUGAAGUCCUCCAAGGGCCGAGGGGCGGUGUAAAGACCUCUCCUUUCCCGCCUUUCCCUGGUCUUUCACCGGGAACUCCGGCCUUUUGCCAAACCUCAGGAAGGAAGAAAUCAAGACAUAUGGAAGAGCCAAUUCUGCACAGGGAGCAGGCGGUGCCUCGCAUGGAUCCUGGGCAUAUGCAGCCCCGCCCCCGCUUUCCUGCCU